UCUGCGAUUGCGCGUCAGCCCUCAUUGGCUGUGGGAGAUAAUCGGUCAACAAGAGGACCGGAGGGACGGCGGAGGGCACAGGGCAGCAUGUUUACACCGAUUUACUGCCAUAAUUAGGUCCUACCAAUCAUUUACUCGCGUUAUUCGUUAUUCUGGCCACGCUGAGCUCUUCGGAGGGCCGUCGGCGAGAAUGUUGUUGUGUCGCACAGGCAGGCUGUCAGCGGCGGCUCUGGGUCAGGCUUUCAAGUCGGGCUCGUUUCUGGUGCAAACAAACGCACCGAGGGACGUCACUGUGACAGCACGCACGGUCCAGCGGUACCGGCUGCUGUGCGCAUCCGUCGGUGGAGUCGAUCCAAGCCGUGCGCACCUGGAGAAACGGAAACCGGCCCCGGCGCAGAAGUGGGACGCGACGUUUGGUUUUGUAACCACGGACUGGGGACACUUGGACCGGGUGGCCACCGUGGCUGCGGGUCUCUCCAGAAGCGCGCAACGUGAAGGCGGUGAAUUUGACACAAUCAGGCGGCCGCUCGUUUACGCAAAGAGGCGCCAUAACAACAGAGGAGAGCCGGCGACGGGUAAUGUUUGGUUCACAGGUAGCUGGGAGCUUUCCAGGACCAUGCACACCAGAGCUUCAUCCACCAAGAACAGCGAGGCGGGCGAGGGGCAGGCUGUCAGCAACAAAGGGGAUGUGCAGACUUUGAAAGAGGCCUCUACUACCUCACCUACUGAGAAAGACCCGGUGGAAACGGAGCCAGAAGGAGGAAAGCCCACCAAGACCGAGCAGCUAAAGAAAGUCUUCAAAGAGUAUGGAGCAGUGGGGGUUUCCUUUCACAUCGGGAUCUCCCUCAUGUCUCUGGGAAUGUUCUACCUCCUAAUAUCCAGUGGGAUUGACAUGGCGGCCAUACUGUGCAAAGUGGGCUUCAGCGAGGCGGUGGUUCAGUCUAAAAUGGCGGCAGGGACCAGCACGUUCGUCCUGGCAUACGCCAUCCACAAGCUCUUCGCUCCUGUCCGCAUCAGCAUCACUCUGGUGUCUGUGCCUCUCAUUGUGCGCUACUUCAGAAAGACUGGACUAUUUAAACCGCCCACACCUGCUCCCUGAUCAUCAUCCUCUGCUCCUCCUGCCUCAUGAAGCCACAUCCAUCCUGAAUGGUCCUAAUUAAAAUGCCUGUACAGAUCCAUACUCAUCUGCCUUCUGCUAGAAUAGUUUCUUUUUACGUUUGUGAAUACAGGGGAAACAUUUCCCCCAUUGGUUCUGGAUGUAUCGACAUCAGAAGUGUCAAACUGUGUCUGAAGUCUUGGGCUCACCAAACAAACAUGUCUUAAUGUGUGUGCAUUCCAAAAACCAGAAAUAGGAAGCUGGAAAAUAUCAAAUAUUUAUUUACAAUCAGAAGAAUGAUCAGGGAGUUUAAGUUUUGGUCCUGAGCUCUUUCAGCCGACAGGUUUGCCUCCUAAUAGUGUGAGGGUUCCCCGUGGGGAAAAAGCUGAUCUCUCCUCCACUGUUUUCUGACAGCUGACUUGGCCAAGUUCUGGAGUUUUGUGACUCAGCAGAAUAGUUAAGUUCUUUCUGUCUCCUUCCUCUCCUUACUUCUUCUCCCCCGUUCAUUUCCUCCUUCAUUUUCCUUCUUUUCUCGCUCGUCCCUCACGUUCCAGAUGUCACUAGCUAAGUGGUACCUGCAGCAUGGUGGUCUCUGAGUGGAGCUGGUUGGAUUUCACUGCAAACUUUGGAUAAAGAACGUUGAUUUUGGACUAUUUUUCUGAUUGAAUGGACUGUAUUUAACUAUUAAAAAGAAGGUUCUGUUUUA